AGAACGCGCUCGCAUUGUAACGCGCUCCUCGGCAGCUCCGCGCUCGGACUCGCUCCCCACUGUUCCAGGAGUGUCGGGUCCGGCUCGAACCAGAACCCUACGCUGAGGGGGACGCGAUGAAGACGCAGCGGUUCGGGGUUCGAGCGGAACGCCUCUGAGUGCGCGCGGGGGAGGGGGGCGGGGGAGCCGGAGCGCUGUCCGGAGUGCUGAACACAGCCGGUCCGGGGUUCGAGAGUGCGCUGCCGAGGACUGGGGGACCAGGAUGAUCGCGAGGAUGAGGAUGACUGGGGGAGGACUGAGUCCCGCCGCUCUUUGCGGACUCAUCACCUGGGAGAUGGCGCUGCUGCUGAGCCUGGUUGCAUCCAAGGACCUGGUGCCCAUGUCCCCCUCGGACUUCUUAGACAAGCUCAUGGGACGGACCUCAGGUUACGAUGCCAGGAUUAGACCCAAUUUCAAAGGUCCUCCAGUGAAUGUGUCCUGCAACAUCUUCAUCAACAGCUUCGGCUCCAUCGCGGAAACAACAAUGGACUACAGGGUGAACAUCUUCCUGCGGCAGCAGUGGAACGACCCGCGGCUGGCCUACAGCGAGUACCCCGACGACUCGCUGGACCUGGACCCCUCCAUGCUGGACUCCAUCUGGAAGCCAGACUUGUUCUUCGCCAACGAGAAAGGGGCCCACUUCCACGACGUGACCACUGACAACAAGCUGCUGAGAAUAUUCAAAAAUGGAAAUGUCCUUUAUUCUAUAAGGUUAACUCUAACACUCUCCUGCCCCAUGGAUCUCAAGAACUUCCCGAUGGACGUGCAGACGUGCAUCAUGCAGCUGGAGAGCUUCGGCUACACGAUGAACGACCUCAUCUUCGAGUGGCAGAAAAAUGGGCCGGUGCAGGUGGCCGAGGGCCUGACGUUACCCCAGUUCAUCCUGAAGGACGACAACGACCUGCGCUACUGCACCAAGCACUACAACACAGGGAAAUUCACUUGCAUUGAGGUGCGAUUCCACCUGGAGCGGCAGAUGGGCUACUACCUGAUCCAGAUGUACAUCCCUAGCCUGCUGAUCGUCAUCCUGUCCUGGGUGUCCUUCUGGAUCAAUAUGGAUGCCGCGCCCGCCCGGGUGGCCCUGGGCAUCACCACCGUGCUCACGAUGACCACGCAGAGCUCAGGGUCCCGGACCUCCCUACCAAAGGUGUCCUACGUGAAGGCCAUCGACAUCUGGAUGGCCGUGUGUUUGCUGUUUGUGUUCUCUGCUCUGCUCGAGUACGCAGCAGUGAACUUCGUCUCCAGGCAACAUAAGGAGUUGCUAAGAUUCCGUCGUAGGAGGAAGAAGAGCAAGGAGGGCGACGCCCGCGAAGGCCGCCAGAGCAUCAGCGCCAGCGCGGGGGCCCCCUGCAAUGCCGGGAAGGACGGGGCCAUCGCCGCCAACAACAGCGCCCCCCAGAACCCGGCCCCCCCGGCUGCGAAAAGCCACGAGGAGAUGAGGAAGAUCUUCAUCGACAGAGCCAAGAAGAUCGACACCGUAUCGCGGGCCUGCUUCCCCCUCGCCUUCCUCUUCUUUAACAUUUUCUACUGGGUCCUUUACAAGAUCCUCAGACACGAGGACGUCCACCAGCAGUGAGGUCGGCGGCCGCCGCCCCCCCCGAGACAGAGACAGGUCUCACGCCUGGAGGGGGGGGACUGCGCGCUCACUAUGCAAAGCCGAGCGGAGACGAGCGGGGCGGGAGCCGCGGCCGACCGACCGCACGCUCACAGGGCCCGCACCCACGGCUCGGAUGUGUCAGUGAUGUCUACUCUCGUGUCUUACAGCGUAACUGCCAAUAUUCCACACCAUGUUUUUUGAUACAGCACCCAAAACAGCACCGCUAUUGCAGCUCUGGAUGUCUUUGACAUUGUCCGGCAAUGUUACUAGUGUACCUGUAGUGUCCAGGAGGCCAAGACACUGUUAGCGGGACGGUAGCCAAUCCCUGAAAGGUUUCCUCUGCACCGCGUACCUGAUUGGUCUUUCAUGGGUCAUGUCACCCAUGUGAGCCAAUCCCCUGGAACCACUUUUUGACUCACAAGGAAGUGGGUUGGGCUUUUCGGCAAUGGGGAGCAACGUCCGCGUUCAUCGUUGUGUCUGAAAGCAAUUUGAGCACAUGGUUCUUCCAGCACCGCCGUCCUUGCGAUU